UGACCUUAAGUAGGCCUUUUUUGUUCCUAACUGGUGUGAUACGAAUACUGUACUGUCUUACGAAUCAUUCUAUGACUGGUCGCUAAUAGGCCUAUAGAGAAAAAGAUGGUCUCCAAAGUGAAAUACAUGAGCUGCCUGAUGGGCAUUUUAUGGGCGAUAUGUAAGGCACAGAACUCUAUUAACGAAGAUCACGAGAUUGUAUUAAGUGGCGAAUAUAACUUUGUUUUGAAGUGGCGUGUUGACGGAGAUUAUAUCUUCUUAGAAAUUAGCGCCGAUACUAAUGGAUACCUUGCUAUAGGAUUUUCUGAAAAUGGAGGCAUGCCUGGUGCUGACAUAGUGGCUGGAUGGGUAAAAAGUGGUGAUGUAUUCUUGUCUGACCGUCAUGCAACAGCAUAUUCCAAACCUGAUGCAGACAAAUCUGAUGAUUACGAGCUCCUGUACGGAUAUGAAGAAGGCGGUAAAACUACAAUCGGAUUCAAGCGAAAAUUAGAAACAUGUGACACUGACGACUACGUCAUUUCCACUGACACCUCAAGAAUCAUUUGGGCUUUGAACGACAAGGAUCCAGAGGACAUGGACGAUCUGGUAUAUCACGGCUCAUCGCGUGGGGUUCGUUCUGUGGUGCUCAUUAAUGGUGGUGUUCAAAAACUCAUCAAUAUUCCCCCAGACGCAGGUUAUUUUGAUGUAAUCAUGCCAAAUGUAACAGUUCCGCAUGAUCAAGAUACAACAUAUAUGUGCUCAACACACAGACUGCCAAAAUUUGACACCAAAGUUCAUAUAAUUCGAUUUGAGCCUCUUGUCCAGAAGGGACAUGAAUAUUUAGUUCAUCAUCUAUUGCUGUUUGGGUGCUAUGACGCUUUAUCUACAGCAAAUGCCAACUGGACGGGAGUUUGCCGACACCCAAACAUGCCACCGGAACUUUACAAUUGUGGCCGCAUUAUGUGCGGGUGGGCGAUUGGCGGAAAUUCAUUUGAGUUUCCAGAAGACGUAGGGGUAUCACUUGGUGGAACAGAUGAUCCAACGUACUUUUUCAUUGAAAUGCAUUACGACAACCCGACGCUUUCAACUGGAUACCACGAUAACUCUGGUUUAAGGAUUUAUUACACCCCGACUAUAAGAAAAUAUGAAGCUGACACUUUGAGAACGGGCCAUAGGGUUACACCGUAUAUGUUAAUCCCGCCAAAAGAAAAAGAAUUUACAGUACAAGGAUUUUGCCCAGCAGAUUGUACAAAAAAUGGGUUAUCUGAGGAUAUUCACAUAAUAGCUGUCCUUCUACACGCCCAUCUUGCAGCUAGGAAGAUGAGUAUUCAACAAUACCGCAAUGGAAAGCUGAUUGAUGAUUUAGCACGAGACGAUAACUAUGAUUUCAACCUUCAAGAGAUUCGUCUGCUUCCAAAGCAAAAAACCAUUAAACCAGGUGAUGAUUUAGUGGUCACGUGUACAUAUGGCACCAUGGAUCGGGACAAUAUCACAGUGGGAGGAUUAAGAACAAAAGAUGAGAUGUGUUUAGUGUUUCUGUAUUACUAUCCUCGACAACCGAAUAUUGUUACUUGUGUAUCAUAUGAAAGUGUCGAUGAUUAUUUUACAACAUUUGGAAUUACCAUCGAUGGUGCACUAAAUCCCUACAAUAUGACUGCUUUCCGGUACUUUUACCAUUAUAUCUCUACAAGUCAAACUCAAAAGGAAAUCAAUGAACGGCUUUUUAAGGUGUACAAUGGAGAUCGUUACGGUCAAUGUCUCGAUUAUAACUCAAAUCAAAUUGAGGGAGUCAAAUCUGAAAUAGAUUUUUCAGAAUGGUACAAUAAGGGACAACGAGCUGCCAAGAAGGACGUGUGUGGCGUCAAUUCAAUAAAUGGAAGUGAUCAGAUGAGGGCGGGUAACUUAAGUUUCACAAUGAUGCUUGCCAUGUUCUUUACCAUGUUGUUCCUGUAAUAUACCUAAUAACUGUAACAUAUGCAAGGGUCAGUGCUGUUUAACUUUAGCUACACAUUAAUAGGCCUACGUUUUAUAACGUUGAACUUAGGCCUACGUUUUAUAACGUUGAACUUAACUCACAACCACACACACACAUGUGUAUAUUGCUGUACUGUAUGAAGUCACCUGA